AAUUUAUAACAUUGAAUUGAAUUGCUUCAUAUCUUUUGGGGGAAAAUCGGAAGGGUUGCACCAAAAUUGUAUUAUAUAUGUGUUCAAUUUCGAUUGUGAACUAUGCUUCAGAACCGGCGGCAUUGUUGAACAGCUGUGCCAAUUAAAUUACAAACAAUUGUGUUUUGAUUCAAUAUUUUUAAAACUUCUGAAAAAAUAGAAAACAUGCGUGAUAUUGAAAUAUUAGAUCCCAGAAAUUUGGUGAAAAACCGUGAAAUUCUUUAUAGACUUAUUAUAAGUCAAUUGAUGUAUGAUGGCCUGGAGAAAUUUGCAAUGGAAUUAUCCAUGUUAGUAAAAGCAGAUGAAUGCGCGCCCAGCGAACGCUUAUUGCAUGUUAUGAUUGCCGGCAUGCAGGCUACUACCGAAAAGCCUGUAGCACCUAAGGACGACGUUCUGCCUGGAAUUGAUUUAGAAUUUGAGCCUGAGGCAUCUGCGCUUGCUCCGGAACCAGCUUCAUAUGAAACUGCUUACGUUACAUCGCAUAAGCAGUCUUGUCGCGCUGGCGCAUUUAGUCACGAUGGUACACUCGUUGCUACAGGUAGUGUAGAUGCAAGUAUAAAAAUCUUGGAUGUUGAGCGCAUGUUGGCUAAAUCGGCACCAGAAGACAUAGAACCGGGUCGUGAACAACAAGGACAUCCUGUUAUACGUACGCUGUAUGAUCACACAGACGAAGUAGCGUAUUUGGAAUUCCAUCCAAAAGAACAUAUACUUGCUUCCGGUUCACGAGAUGGCACUGUAAAACUUUUUGAUAUUGCAAAACCUUCAGUGAAAAAAGCACAUAAAGUCUUUACUGAUUGUGAACCCGUAACCUGUCUGUCAUUCCAUCCUACCGGUGAUUAUAUGGCAAUUGGUACAGAACACUUUGUUUUGCGACUCUAUGACGUACACACAUCACAAUGUUUUGUGAGUGCCAUACCAUCUCAGCAACACAAAGCAGCAGUAACCUGUGUAAAGUUUGCGCCGACAGCGAAGUUAUAUGCCACGGGCAGUUUGGAUGGUGCCAUUAAAAUCUGGGACGGUGUCAGUGGACGCUGUAUUAAUACAAUACCCGAGGCACAUGCAGGUGCAGAAAUUUGUUCGCUGGAAUUCACCAGAAAUGGAAAGUAUUUGCUUUCAUCUGGCAAGGAUUCCUUGGUUUAUUUAUGGGAAUUAUGCACUAGCCGCCCAGUACAAACAUACACAGGUGCUGGAACUACUGGCAAACAGGAACACAAUACACAGGCCGUAUUCAAUCACACCGAAGAUUAUGUGCUUUUCCCCGAUGAAGCCACAACUUCUCUCUGUUCAUGGAAUUCUCGCAACGGCGGUCGUUUGAAUCUGAUGUCAUUGGGCCAUAAUGGUCCAGUGCGUUUUAUAACACAUUCACCUAACUCCCCGGCUUUCCUAACUUGCUCAGACGAUUUUCGUGCACGCUUUUGGUAUCGUCGUUCAACUAAUCAGUAGCUGAGUUCGUUAUAUUAAAUUAGAUUUUACAAUUUAUUCUGUAAAUGUGCGGAUAUAUGUAUGUUAGAUAAGGAUUUCAUUUAUAAUAACAAUAAAAUAAAUAAUUAGAAAACAAACGAAUUUUCUAAAAUU